GAAGGACUGUGAGAGAGGAAAGGGAAAUUGUAAAUAUUUAGAGUCUUACUAGCCAAUACAUUUCCCCGGAUGUCAUCAUUUGCCACUAUAUAUUGAAUGACAGCCUAUGGAAGAUUAGGGACGGCGACCUGUGUCAUGCAGGUUUGUCUGAGAAAGCUGGUCCAGGAUGGCACCGAUUUCAGUGCUUUGCAUCUUGGGUGUUCUGAGUUUUUCUUGGAAAUCAUCAGCAAACGGUUGCUUCAAUCGAACGCUUGUCGAAUUACGAACAAGACGGUUUCUGAACGUUUCUUGGGCUGGGAGAUUUGCGUCGGCUGUAGCAAAGACACAGAAAUUGAAACAGACUUGCUCAUCCUUCCAACUACAAACUUCGUCGGUGGUGUAUAACAACCGCUCAUUGUCCCCCUGGCGGUAUAGAAUGGAUGAGAAAGAUGACAGAAUUCCACAAAAAAUCGCAAUUGCAGAGUGCCUGUGUGAUGGCUGUAUCAUUAACAAGCAAGAAGACAUAAGCUACAACUCAGUACCUGUGAAUGUUUCCCUGAGGGUCCUAAAGAUUACUCUGUGUCCCUACAACCCCCAACAAUAUUUGAUCAAAGCACACUAUGUCACCAUUCCUGUGGCCUGCACCUGUGUUGUACCCCGUUCGUGGCCUGCCCCAGUCCCUUAGUCAAGUUAGUCUCAUUUAGAUAACAUAGAGAAACAAUUGGUAGUGAGUUUUCUCACAUGAAAGUUUGUUUUAGAACUCAUAUUUCUAAAAUCCUUCUAGUUAGUUUGAUAAAUGUAGGGCUGUGACAUUCCCUUCCAUGUCAAAAGGGCCUUGCACUGGUAUCCUUUGGUAUGUAGGUCAGUAGAAGGUAAAAUGUAAUGACAUAUUAGUCAUAUUUAAUUAUUCUGAAUCAUUGUGAACAUAGGUGUUAUUGCUUAAUAUUUUGUAACAUGAAUGCAAUAUUUGUUUUAAUUGUGGACACAUUAGGGUCCAGUAUUGGAAGACAUCCAGUAUUUAAAUAGUAAUGGUAAAUGCGCCAUGUAUUAAUCCAUUCAGGCUUUAUCUAAAUUAGAUUCACAAAAUCAGUUUGAAAACUGCAAUGGAUCAAGUUCAAGUAGAUGUGGAUUUUUCCAAAUGAAAUCUUUGCUGUAGAAAAUACUGUAAUGUUCAGCAACAACUAUUGAAUGUGAGUUC